AUGGUGAAGAUAUGCUGCAUUGGCGCCGGCUACGUAGGUGGUCCAACCAUGGCAGUGAUGGCUCUCAAGUGCCCUGAGAUCGAAGUAGCGGUUGUAGACAUCUCCGAGCCAAGGAUCAACGCUUGGAACAGCGACAAACUUCCUAUCUACGAGCCAGGCUUGGACGAUGUUGUCAAACAAUGCAGAGGGAGAAACCUCUUUUUCAGCACAGACGUGGAGAGACAUGUCUUUGAGAGUGACAUUGUCUUUGUCUCAGUCAACACUCCUACAAAAACACAAGGCCUCGGCGCUGGCAAAGCUGCCGAUCUCACUUACUGGGAGAGUGCUGCUCGGAUGAUCGCUGACGUCUCUAAAUCUAGUAAAAUCGUUGUUGAGAAAUCCACUGUCCCUGUGAGAACAGCAGAGGCUAUUGAGAAGAUACUGAUGCAUAACAGCAAAGGGAUUGAGUUUCAGAUCCUCUCUAACCCUGAGUUUCUCGCUGAGGGUACUGCUAUUAAGGAUCUUUAUAAUCCGGACCGUGUGUUAAUCGGUGGGAGGGAUAAUCCAGCUGGACAAAAGGCUGUUAAAGCUUUGACAGAUGUUUAUGCUCAUUGGGUUCCGUUGGAACGCAUCAUUUGCACUAACCUCUGGUCAGCUGAGCUCUCCAAGUUAGCAGCAAACGCUUUCUUGGCUCAGAGGAUAUCAUCUGUCAACGCCAUGUCUGCUCUAUGUGAAGCAACAGGAGCUGAUGUCACACAAGUUGCUCAUGCGGUUGGUACAGAUACAAGAAUCGGUCCUAAGUUCUUGAACGCAAGUGUCGGUUUCGGUGGAUCAUGUUUUCAAAAGGACAUCCUCAACCUCAUCUACAUCUGUGAAUGCAACGGCUUGCCUGAAGCAGCUAACUACUGGAAACAAGUCAUCAAGGUGAACGACUAUCAGAAAACCCGGUUCGCAAACCGGGUUGUUUCCUCAAUGUUCAACACCGUCUCAGGCAAGAAAAUAGCUAUACUCGGUUUUGCGUUCAAGAAAGACACAGGUGACACUAGAGAGACGCCAGCCAUUGAUGUUUGCAACAGAUUAGUCGCUGACAUGGCCAAGCUGAGCAUAUACGACCCACAAGUCCUUGAGGAACAGAUAAGGAAAGAUCUUUCCAUGGCUAGGUUUGACUGGGACCAUCCAGCUCAUCUUCAGAAGAUCAAAGCUGAAGGUAUGUUGGAGCAAGUGUGUGUCGUCUCGGAUGCUUAUGAGGCCACUAAAGACGCGCAUGGCAUUUGUGUCUUGACUGAGUGGGAUGAGUUUAAGACAUUGGACUUCAAGAGGAUCUUUGAGAAUAUGUGUAAGCCUGCUUUUGUGUUUGAUGGUAGGAAUGUUGUUGAUGCGGUGAAGCUGCGUGAGAUUGGAUUUAUUGUUUACUCCAUUGGUAAGCCGCUUGAUUCAUGGCUCAAGGACAUGCCUUCUGUGGCAUGA